GACUGGUGCAUUCUGGGAUUUGUUGUCUCUUUCCUCUGAACUUGCCGCGACCUUUCCUGUGAUGCCGCAUUCUCCGGGACUACAACUCCCAGCAUGCCUUGCGCGCUCCGGCCGGCUCCCGCUCUGGGCUCCGCCGCUGCUGUGUGGAGCCGACGCGCUUUCUCGGCGCUGGGGCUGCGGCGGCUCGCGGGGUCCGCUCCCCGCAGCAUGAUCGUGGCAGCGGCGGCGGAGCGGAACAAGGAGCCCAUCCUGCGGGUGCUGCGGGACUACGUGAGCCCCGGCGCGGCCGAGGUGCGGCUGCUGGAGGUGGCGUCGGGCUCGGGGCAGCACGCGGUGCACUGCGCCCGGGCGCUGCCCAACCUGCUCUGGCAGCCCUCCGACGUGGACCCCAAGUGCCUCGAGAGCAUCUCUGCAUUCAUCGCGGCGCUGAGAGUAAGGAACGUGAGGCCUCCGAUUUUCCUGGACUCAUCCCAGAGCUGGGAGACGUGGGGUGGCGUGAGGCCCAACACCCUGGAUCUCAUCGUCAACAUCAAUAUGAUGCACAUCUCUGAGAUGAGGUGCACUGAGGGCUUGUUCAAAGGAGCAGGGAAGCUGCUGAAACCCAAAGCUGUUCUGAUCACCUAUGGGCCCUACGCCGUCAACGGACAGAUCAGCCCACAGAGCAAUGUGGACUUCGACUGCUGCCUGAGGCAGAGAAACCCGGCCUGGGGCCUUCGGGACACAGCUCUGCUGCAGCAGCUGGCCGAGGCCAACGGGCUGUGUCUGGAGAGGAUGGUGGACAUGCCCGCGAACAACAAGUGUCUCAUUUUCCGCAAGCAGUGACCUGUGGAGCCCGCCCCAGUGGCCAGCCACCUGCUGAACCGCACCCCGCUGCUUUUCAGUGUCCAUAGCGCUCUGUGGGUCUUUUCGUGGAGACGCACCGCUGGGAUUGAUACUGACCGACUUUAGGUGGGGGCUGCUGCUAGUGUGCGGUGGAGGGGCUGUAUUGUAUAUAGCUCACGUUCCCUCCCCCCGCAGCCCCCAGGGAUGAGGCCACAAAACCAGGAUCUCUAUUGCAAGCUCACCUGCACUGCUUGCUUCUACCUACCUGAGCUGAUCAGGUCUUGACAUCCUACAGCCGCCUAUUGUCAUGCCCCAAGGGGUGAGGGGACCGGAUGAGGAGUAAGCCACCUGAGUGGAUACGCAGCUUGGGUCACCUCUCCCACUGGGAUGUAGCCUCUGCGGUCGAUCCGGGUGUAGCUGUCUCUCUUGGUGACUGUUCCACAAUCCCCAUGGGCCUCGGUGUCGUUUUACUUACACUUCUGCAGCUGUUUGUUUUUCUCUGCUCAAGCCCUAUGUUCCCUGAGCUUGAAAACGGGCAGCGCCCUUUGGCUCCCUACUAAGUGGCUUGGUUUCAGGAGCUGAGCACCCACCGCUCCUAUUGACUUGUGCAGGUGCAAGAGCCUCUGACCCUACGCCAAGGGCCUCGCCUCAAGUACACCGGUCCUGCUAUACUGCCCCUAGGAGCUGUCGUGCCUAGUCAUGUGUGCAAGGGGAGCGUGAAACAACCCGCAGGCCAGCUCCUUGGCCAGUCUCAAUGCCUCCCGCGCCUCCCCACCCCUGCCCCGCCAGCGCUUCAUGGGUAAUCCCAGGCUAGCCUGCCAAGGGGGUAAUGUGAACGGGAACUAAAAUAUAGGGGUGGGAUUUUCCCAGUGCCUGUGUGAUUUAGGGCUAUAGGUCCCAUCACUGUUUGAAGGGAAUUUGGCUCCUAAAUCACAUGGGCACCAUGGAGAAUCUCACCCUAACUAAAGUCCCCCUGGUGAGGGCGCUCCCUCUAGCGGCUCGAAUGUGGCACUGCAUUGAUUUUGGCUGGGGGGAGGGGUGGCAAGAGGAGGACCAGCUCCUCCAUGGAGGCUGCUGCACCGGAUCAUGUGGCCUUUGGUACAAUAAAGAAGUUGCUUUUGCUGGUG